UUGAGGAUACUUUCGUCUAUUCGUAUUGGGACGAUUACAAAAACCCUAACUGGCUCCCUCUCCCUCAUCUGGUUUUAGCUUCCCCGCCUCUUUAACUAUCCUCAGAUUCAUCAGCCCCUCCAUCGGCCUCAGCAAACCACAACACUGCAAUGGCGUCGGAGAAGAAGCUUGCGAACCCAAUGAGAGAAAUAAAAGUACAGAAGCUGGUACUCAACAUCUCCGUGGGUGAAAGUGGGGAUAGACUCACCCGUGCCGCCAAGGUUCUCGAACAACUCAGUGGCCAAACCCCUGUCUUUUCCAAGGCUAGGUACACUGUCAGGUCCUUUGGAAUCAGGAGGAACGAAAAGAUUGCCUGUUACGUUACCGUUAGAGGAGACAAGGCGAUGCAGCUUUUGGAAAGCGGUUUGAAGGUUAAGGAGUACGAACUUUUGAGACGCAACUUCAGCGAAACUGGCUGCUUCGGUUUCGGUAUUCAGGAGCACAUUGAUCUCGGUAUCAAGUAUGAUCCUUCAACUGGUAUCUAUGGUAUGGAUUUCUAUGUUGUUCUUGAGCGCCCAGGAUAUCGUGUUGGUCGCCGCCGCAGAUGCAAGGCACGUGUUGGAAUUCAGCAUAGAGUUACAAAGGAGGAUGCAAUGAAAUGGUUCCAGGUGAAAUAUGAAGGAGUCAUCCUUAACAAGGCCCAAAACAUUGGAGCUUAAGAAGAAGUGUUACAGACUUGUUGAGUUGUUACUUUUUAAAGUUUUGGCCAGUUGUCUGAUUUAUGUUUAUGAGCAGUUUAUGUUUUCUCUGAAGAGAUUUGAAUUGGUGGAUUUUGAAGUACUAUAUGUGGUGGUCUUUUGGUUAUUUAUUAGAAAAUGGUAGUAAUGCUUACUUCUUGCCUUGA